UAGAAGCAAGAGCUUGGAGUGCCAUCUCUGAGUUUAGACCUCCAACCUCAGCAUCCUGAUCUGGUGCCGCCUUCGGGAGGAUGAAUCAGGACAGUGACUCAAGUGAUCAGCCCACGGGCCAGGACCCACUCCUAUUGCUGAAAACCCUUCAGCUUCUCUGGACAAAGCAAGAGCAGAGGAAGCAGCUCAAGGAAGAAGUCAGGCGGGGCUUUGCCGGACUGGAGGACCCUUUGGCAGGACUCCUGGCCAUGCUGGAGAACAGCAGUGAUUGGAAGGGGAAAGGGCAUUCCCUGGGGUAUUACAUCACCACAGAGCUGCAGCUUUGGAUAAAAGAGCAUCCUGCUGUUCCACAGUCUGGCAUCCAGCUGAAGAAGCUGCAGGCCCGUGUGCUCAGAAUCCUCUCCCAGUGCCCAGCUAAUCUGCUUGACCCCCUGAUCAGCAUUUACCAGCUCCACACAGCAGACCGGAACUAUUUGCUUGAACAUGUCAGUCAUCUUUAUCUCAAGGGCGAUUACAAAGAGGCAGCCAUACUGAGUAUUAAGCUGAAAUUACAGCCAGAUCAAGAUGUGGAGAAGAUGUGCAUCCCACUGCUGCUCCAGGAUAAAGUCAAUGUGGUGGAAGAUUAUGUGGGAGAAUAUCCUGAGCUCCAGAGCAAGCUCCUGCAGAUCCUGGACUCGUGGUGUGAACCUGGUGUCAACAUCAGAGACAUCACAAGACCAUAUCAAGGCUUGUCCAGAUACAAACCAGAAAAAUUUAACCACAGAACACUCAGCAAGCUGGUCUUCAGGCUCCUGGACCGAUUCCACGUAGAUCCAGCCCUCUGCCCUAAUGUCGUAAAUCAGCGGCACUUGAGAACCCUGAACUACCUCUUUUACAAGAGAUUUGUUGAGAAAACCAUGACUGAGGAGAACUGGGCAGAUCACGUUCAGAGCACAGCUGGGGACAGUCGCUGUCUCCAAGGGCACCUGGUGCAGCUGCUGCUCCGGCACUGCCCCGGGCGCGCGGCGCGGUGGGCGCGGCACUGGGGGCUGCCCAUGGACGUGCUGCCUCCCGGCCUGGCUGAGGAGCUGCCAGAGCUUCACACCCAACAGAGGGUAGAAGAGGCCACAAAAGCAGAUAAUUAUGAAGACAGUAAGAAGAAGGACUGUUACCAGCUUCCUAUUUCACGGGAGAAUAUUCACUUCCUGCAGACAUGGGAAGAGACACUGCAGUGCUGGGAGAAGGUGCUGCAGCCUGGGCAGGUUGUUGGCGUUGACAUGGAGUGGAAGCCAUCCUUUGGCAUGGUGGGGAAGCCCCGUGUUGCCCUCCUCCAGAUGGCAGUGAAGGAUGAGGUGUUCCUGUUGGACCUGCCACGGCUCCUCGAGCAAGCUGAGCUGGAAGGGGAGAAGGAGAAGGAGAAGCUCCCCCAAUUCAUCCAGAUGCUCUAUUCAGAUGCUGCCAUCACUAAACUAGGUUAUGGGAUGUCUGGAGACCUCAGCAGCCUUGCAGCCACAUGUUCUGCUCUGAAAGACAUAGAGAAGCAACUGCAUGGUGUGGUGGAUCUACUCACAGUGGACAAACAACUGCAGAAGGGCUGCGGUGAGUGGAGGAAGGACGGCCGGAAGGUUGAUGGACUGUCCCCGGAGCACAGCCACGAGGAGAGAGGGGUCAGGCAGCGGGAGAAGGGACUCAGCCUCCUGGUGCACCAUGUGCUGGGGAAACCUCUGGAUAAAACGGAGCAGCUGUCAAACUGGGAGAAACGGCCUCUCCGGGAGGAGCAGAUCCUCUAUGCAGCCUCCGACGCGUACUGUUUGCUGGAGAUCUACGAGAGGCUCUGCAGGGACCCAGAGAGCUUUGGGCUGAGCUCAGACCUGAUGGAGAGUCUGGUGGGAAAACGGAGCAUAAAACCCAGGGCAAAGAAGCAGCUGAAUAAACAAGAAGCACUGUCACCUUCUGGACAGCAAUGCCAAGGAUCCCAGAUGGAGACCUCCCGUGCCCCUGCCCCUGUGUCCCCCAGGGAGUUCAGCGUGGUCUGUGACAACAUGCUGCAGGGCCUCGGGCGCUACCUGCGCUGCCUGGGUGUGGAUGUCCGGAUGCUGGACAACGAGGAUGACCACAGGAAAGCUGCUGAGAUUGCCCGACAGGAAGGAAGAGUCAUUUUAACCUCUGGACUCCCAUAUCAGACUCUGCAGUCCCAGGUGGGAGAAGGAAGGUGUUUCUCUGUGAACUGCUCAGAAAAGGCGAAAGAACAGGCCCUGCAGGUUCUGAAGCACUUCAACGUCCAGGUGUCCCUGAGCGAUAUCUUCAGCCGCUGCCAGGCAGACCUCAGGUGGGGAAGCAGAAAAUCUGAAGCCACCUAAACCACUCUCCAUUUGUGUCUCCUGGCUGCUCUCCCAGCAGGUCCGGGGCUGCCGCCCGCUCUGGGGACCGCCCUGUGCACCUCUCACCCUGCACACACCGGGCACCUGGGGCUGGGGAGCUGCUCCAGGGAGCUGGGCUGGAAUGAAGGCACCGGACAAACCCUCCCAGUUUCUCUCUCUCAGCUGCAACAACUCUGACAGUGUUCUGCCUGCUCCUCCCUGGAAAACACCAAGCCUUUCAGGACCUGUGAGGUUCAAUUGGCAUUGGGAAGUCUGGGGACAAUGGUCUGAGGGACAAAGGUCCCGACUCAGCUCUGUGCCUCCCCUCUGCACCAGCUCUCCCUCCUCCUGCCUCAUCCACCCCAAAUGGUGGGUAAGGAUUGCUUUUCACCUUGUCCGAAGCUUCACACCUGUGGCCUUGUCUCGAUUCCUGACUCGAAGGUGCUUCUGAACCACACACAGGCAGCGACAGCUCACCCACGUGUUCAUCUCCAUCACAUGGACAUCUGUGAGUGCAGGGCAGGCUCUGCCCUCGCUUCUCAAGCACCACAGCACCUGUGUCAGGUGGGGAACUAAACCUGCCCAGGGUUUCCCAGGACACUAGGAGUGAACCAAGAGUUUUUGAAAUCAGCUCAGAAUUGCACUGGGACAGAGCCUGCAUUAUCAUACCUUUGCUUCCUCCUGAAUUCCAGUCCUCUGACACGAUUAGAUCAAACCUGAUGACCCAAAUCUGACUGCAGCAACUGAGAGGAGAAAUGACCCUCCAAAAAGAGCAGCCUGGCCACCCUGGACCGCUGCACCCAUCCACAGAGGGGCAGCCAGGCAGCACCAAAACCAGUCACCAGGUUUAAUUCAAUUACUUUGCAGAACAGCACCGGUGGCACCUCUACAGCAUCCACAGCAGUGGGACAGCCUGUGCAAAACAGCUGAGUGGGCUGGGGCCAGGAGCCAAUAAACACGUGAGCCAUGAGAAACCCACUUGCCUCUCUGCAACGGGACCUGCCGAUGGAGCUGGGGGAGCACAUGGGCACCCCAUUCAUGGGAGUUGGCCAGCAGCUAGUUGGGAGUCCUGGCAAAGUCUCCCAGCCCUUCGAGACAGGCAGGUUGUGGGGUCAGGGAGGGAGCUGCCUUCGGAGCCAAAUGCAGGUAGAGGCAGGCAUGGAAGGAAGCAAUAGGGAGUAGGGAGAAAGGAAAAAACUGGGCACACAUCCCUCCUUCCACCUGCUUUCCUCAUUAGGAGCGUGGAGCUGGUUGAGGCUCCAAGGCAACAUGUGAAUCUGGAAUCUGUGGGGUCUUGCAAGGAUGUGUCCCCAGUUUUGGGACACCUGAUGUGGCUUUGGGCACCUCUCAAGCCCACUCCCCCAAGUUGCCAAGGGUCUCCAAACAAUAAUGGGGCAGAGCAGGUAUUGUUAAUGUGAAGAAACCAGGAAAACUUUUCAUUUCAAGACCUCUCCUGUGGCCCCUUCUUUAUCUGAGUGUCAAGCAGCUGCGAUGGGCAGAAGCUCAAGCUGCUGCCCCAGACAGGUCUCAUUUAAUAAAAAACCUGAGUGAAGAGGAUGCUACUCCAACUGUUCCUCUUCUGAUACAAUGUCUGCCAAUGUCUGGGGCAGGGAGUCACGGUCCCAGAUGAUUCAUGUCCCACCCCUGCUGCUGCCAUGUUCCCAGGGAGGCCUGUGCUGCUGUGCUCAGUGCUCAUCUGGCCGCUCUGGAUGCUGACCUGGGGCUUGGCUGUUGUGCAGAUGGGCUUUUCCGCGGCCUGUGAUGUUUUCCCAGUCUCGCUUCCCACCUUUCAGAAUAGUCUGAAGGAGAGUGGGAGUUUCGGAUGUUGCAAAUCCCAACCUGCUUUGGUCAGUGGUGAGAGAAGAACCAACCUGAGCCCUGCAAACUGCUCAAGGGGAGCCGGGGGGGAGCUGAUGAGGGUCUGUCAGCCUGGGGAACAGUCAGUCUGUCUGUCCAGGGAACAGCCAGGACAGCGUGCCUUCAUGGAGACAGGCUCCCUGCAGCAUAAACGCCAGGGGAGGGAGUCCCCCUUUCACCCCCACCUACAGCCCCAUCCCCCCCUCUGCAAGGAGGGGCAGGCAAGGGCCACCUCAACCAUCUCGGGGGCUGAAAGAAGGACCCCUCACCCCGGGGAUGGUUCUCCAGCUCCAUCCCCCCAGGACUGCGUGCCCGGCUGACCCCCCACUCACAGAGCCCCUUCCACCCCCAGCGCACACCCCAGGACUGGCGGGGUCUGGGAGCCGGCGGGGAGGGCUGGCCCCGGAGCCCCCCUAAGUGCACUGGGGUUGGGUUUUUCCCACUCCUGGGAACCAAGCGUCGGAUUUUGUUGACGAACAGAGCGUAGCUUUCAUGUGAAAAGGUUAGUACAGUAUGUUAGUUCCUAAUGAGGGGAUAAUAGAGUCUGAUUCUCACACUCCGGAGACUGCGAGGUGACAGCAGCACGGGAGAAGGGUAUUUAACACCUUCGCCUUGGGAACCUUUUCCCUUCCCAGCCAGAGUCCCCCUGCCUUGCCAAGAGCAGGGAGGAGGAGGAGGAAAAGGAGGAGGAGCGCGGUGCAACGCCUUUGUCCUCGCUUCCCUUUCGCACCACGAUCCCAAUCCUAUCGGCACACGCGUCCCCGCAGCCGGCAGAAGAGCCUGGGAAACAGUCGGACAAUAAUUCAGAACCUGGCUCCCUGUCGCUGGCUCACGGUGUCACAGUGUCCCUAGCUACAGGCACCGCGGGGAGGCUGCGGGUCGUGGUGCCUGGUGGGGACAGGGCCCCCGGGCGGGUGUGUGGGGCUGUGGGGAUGAGCCCCCCGGAUGGCGGGUGCCCUCAGUCUGCGUCCCCGUGGCUGUCACCUCCCUCGCCGUGUCUGUGCCAGGGGCUCACGGUGCCACCUGGGGCAUCC